UUCCAACAUGGAAUUGAAUUAGUAUAAAUUAGUCGUUCUACUUCUUCCAAUUCGAUAUCAUCCUACGAUCCAGCCAAAUGCAAUCUCAAUGAAGUACUAGCUAGCUAGUAAUAUAUCUAUUUGUUGCUUCCCUUGGUUAGUCUUACACUGACUCUUGCAAGGUGUGUACAUCAUGAGCUUCAACAAUGCCAACAAUGGUGGUGAUGCUACUUCGACCAACAGAACUUAUCGUGGAGUUAGGCGUCGGGGAAGUGGAAAAUGGGUGUCGGAAAUCCGUGAGCCUAAGAAACCCAAUCGUAUUUGGCUCGGGACAUUUCCAUCCCCUGAAAUGGCAGCUGUUGCUUAUGAUGUUGCUGCACUUGCACUCAAAGGCAGCAACGCCGAGCUUAACUUCCCAAGUUUAGCCAUAUCUUUGCCAGUUCCAGCUUCUAAUUCAUCACGUGACAUCCAAGCUGCUGCUGCCAAUGCUGCCGCUGCAGCUGGUGCGGCUGUCGAUUCCUUAUCUGCAUCCAAUAUGACCCAAAGCAUUGCUCCAUUAGUACCACCAUCGUCAUCAUCAUCAGAAAGUCCGGCACUGGCAGUGGUAAAUUGUGUGAAUGAUGGUAGUAAUAAGUUUAUUGAUGAGGAACUUAUAUUUGACAUGCCCAGUCUUCUUAGGAACAUGGCUGAAGGAAUGCUGCUCAGUCCUCCUCAUUUAGAUAGUUUUACAGGAGAUCGUGAUCAUGAAUUCACUACUGAACAAAAUAGUGGAGAUUAUCAUAACCUUUGGGGUUAAUUACCAUCCUUGCUGAUUAAUAUCCAAAUAAAACCCAUCAUGGUGUGUAUAUAUGUGUCAUCAAGGGAUACAAUAAACUCGAGAUAGUAGUCUUAGAUCGAGUACAUCUAUAAUAUCCCAAACUUGCAACUAGUAAGCAAGUAAACUAUUAUUCCGGUAUAGGCAUGUAUAUAUCCAUGCAUUUGUAUGUGUAGAUGGUUCUUUACUUCUUUGGCUUGCUAUAGCUACAUGUAGUGCGCAGUGACUAUAAGUAUUUGCAACUGCGUAUGUACACAACAAACCGGCCAGCAAUUGAGAAAUGAUGAUAUGCUAAUUUCGUUCC